AUGGCCUUCCCAAACUGGCUGAGCAUUAUCUUCUCCAUUUUGACAGUAGUAUCCUUCUAUCCCCAGCUUCAAUGUCUUUGGUUGGGAAAGAAUAGCUCCGGUAUCUCCGUAUACUAUGUGCUUUUCAAUCUUAUCGUCGCCACGGAACAGUUCACAAUAGUGUUCUUCCUCCUGGUGAACAACAAUGUUGGCAGUGCCAUUUUUGUUCACAAGCCACACACCAUAGGUGACUGGCUUAAUUUAGGUCAGAUGACAGUGUCUUACAUCUUGUUUCUUGUCCUUUUCACCCUCACACUCCAUUACCUUCCUAACGACGGUCUUGCUCAUAAAAGCACUGCCGUGGCGAUAUACAUUGCAUUUCUCUUCAUUUCUGUUAUCCCAGCGAUGCUCGAUGUCGUCACUGGAGGCCCUCAUUACAAUGGUCCUUACAGGCAAUGGCCUGUUGUCCUUUUCGGCGUCCCUCACAUUCUCUUCAUUAAUCCAGUUGCAACCGUUCUGAUUGUUGUCUCAUUUAUCAUCCAGGUCCGUCAGACUUUGGAUGGGUCCUCUUCCUCCCUCAGUGUCCGCGGGCUCGCGGUUCAAUCUUUGGUUUUCGCUUUGCUGGGGGUGUCAUGGCUCCUACGAGUUCGAUGGCCACCGGCCAAUAUGCCCACAUUCUACAAUUCACCCGUUAUGAAUAACUAUCUUCUAGUGGGAUGGGCAGCUGUGGACUAUAUCCUUUUUGCGCUUGGACAGGCGGUUCUUUGCCUUAUUAUCUGCAGACGGAGUAUCACUGCAGCACAACGUCCUGUGGGAGAGACGGAACCCUUGCUAGCCGGUCAUUAG